AUGAAUCUCUUCAGGUUACUCGCGGACCUGUCGCAUCUAGUCUCUAUCUUCAUCCUCCUUCACAAGAUGAAGAUCUCGAAUUCAUGUUCAGGCAUCUCCUUCAAAACACAAGCGUUAUAUUUUCUCGUCUACGUGACGAGGUACCUUGAUCUCUUCUGGACCUUCACCGAUAGCGCAUGGAACACCAUCUUCAAACUCAUCUUCCUCUCCUCCUCCCUUUACACCCUCCAUGUAAUGUUAAACGACUACAAACCAACCCACGAUCCCAACCUGGACACAUUCCGCGUCUCCUACCUUACCGGUGGUUCAGCCAUCCUCGCCCUGCUUUUCCCCUACCGCUACACGAUCCCAGAAGUGCUGUGGGCGUUCUCCAUCUGGCUCGAGAGUGUCGCAAUCUUGCCGCAGUUGUUCAUGCUUCAAAGGACAGGCGAGGCUGAGACAAUCACCACGCAUUACCUGUUUGCAUUGGGGAUAUACCGGGCUUUGUACAUCCCGAACUGGAUCUAUCGGUGGUUUGCAGAGGGACAUUUUGAUCCGAUUGCCGUGGUCGCCGGUGUGAUCCAGACGGUUUUAUAUUCGGACUUUUUCUGGGUUUAUUAUACAAAGGUUCUCAAAGGGAAGAGCUUCAAGUUGCCAGUUUGA